CGCCGGUUCUAACACCUUCGCCUUUUUGGUCUACUUCGUACUGCCAGGCAUCAUGAACACCUUCACCCUGGUCGUCGCCUGCCUCCUGGUGGCCGGAGCCCACUGCGGCUCCAUUUUCACCUACGGCGUCCCGGCUGUCGUGCCCGUGGUCCACCAGCCCGUGGUGUACCAGACCGCGGUCAGGGCUCCUGUGGUGGCCCACCACAAGGAGCUGGUGCACGUUCCGCACCACGAGUACGGUUACACCGUCGAGCAGAGCAAGCUCGUCCAGCCCAAGUCCACCGUCGUCCACCACGACCCGCUGACCGGCCUGCCGUACCAGCAGACCGACUACCACCACGUCCCAGUCGUCACUGGUUCCCGGAGCUCGGUGCACCACAGCCGUCCAGGCUACAUCGCCGAGCGAACCAAGACCUACGUCAUCUGAACAUGCCGCGAUCAGAUCCCGCUGCGAUUUGCCGACCAACUGUCACGCCUACCCCCUCCCCGUUUCUCACCGCCUCUCACGUGUGAAUAAAUGGCGAUGUUUGU